ACCUCACCCUAAUAAAAAAAAAGGAGAUAGAGAGAAGGAUUGAUUCCGUGCCCAAUAAACCUAUCUUCUUUCUUUCUCCAAUAUAUUCAUCAUCAUGAGUAGUAUAGUAGUAGUAGGUAACUUGUUUUCUCUUCCUCGAUUUGAUCGUUCCUAGCUCACACUAUUUAGUUUCACUCUCUCUCUCUUAAACAAAACAAAGAAAAAAAAACUUGCUUGUUCUCUUCCCUCUGCUUUUGUAUAGCAGCAGGGUAUCAGUGGCAGUGCAGAAAAAGGAAGUUAGAGUUUUCAUUGGGAAGGUAAAACCUUUUUUUGGCACCAAUGUCUCUUACACUAACCCUUCUUCUGUAACUCUCUUCCUUCAUCUUAACCUAACCUUCUCUCUGCCCCGCGUGCACUACUCUUCUUCCUUCAUUUUCUCACUCUUCUUCUUUGCUUUAUCCACUAGCUAUAUAGAGAGACAUUAAUUAAUUUCAGUCAUUAAAUGCUGAAAAUGUGUGGAAAGAAAGAUUAACACUCAUUUUCCAAAGGAAAUCUUUGCAGGCUUUUGCCAGUAUUAGAAUCCAAAACAAAACCCUACCUCUUCACUUCUCCAUGUAACUCACUGUAACUAUACCUAGCCACCAUAACAUUACUACUUUCACUAUUUAUGUUUUUUUCUACUUUUUUACCAUAAAACCCGGGUGUCCCUCUGAUAUAUACAAACAAAAAAAACAUCUUCAGAGAGAGGGAGAGAGAUAAAUGAAGUGAAUGUUUUGUGGAGAGAGUGAGAGAGAUUUCAAUGGAGGGUAGUAGUUCUAAUGGAAAUUCUUCUUAUCAUGUGAUGAGUGCUUUUGGAGAAAACAGUGGUGGGCUAUGUUCUUCAAUGAUGAUGAUGCCUUUAGUCACUUCUCAUCAACAACAUCAUCAACAUAAUCAUCUAUUAAAUUCCAACAAUAAUCCUAAUAACAACAAUACUAAUGCAAACAACAAUAGUUGUCACUUUCUUCCUAUCCCUAAUUCCACUAAUAAUAACAACAAUAAUAAUCACUACAACAUGCUUCAAAACAAUCCCAACAACAACAAUACUACUACUACUACUCCUGGUUUAGGUUACUAUUUCAUGGACAACAAUGGAAGUUCUUCUUCUUCAUCUUCUGCUGUUAAAGCUAAAAUCAUGGCUCAUCCUCACUAUCAUCGUCUCUUAGAAGCUUACAUCAAUUGUCAAAAGGUUGGAGCACCAGGUGAAGUUGUAGCUAGGUUAGAAGAAGCAUGUGCAUCUGCAGUGAGAAUGGGUGGAGAAGGAGUUGGAUCAGGUUGCAUAGGGGAAGAUCCAGCUUUGGAUCAGUUUAUGGAAGCUUAUUGUGAGAUGUUGAUUAAGUAUGAACAAGAACUCUCUAAACCCUUGAAAGAAGCCAUGCUUUUUCUUCAAAGAAUUGAAGUCCAGUUCAAAAAUCUUACAGUUUCUUCUUCUUCAGAUAAUAUUGCUUGUAAUGAAAGUGGAGAUAGGAAUGGAUCAUCUGAAGAAGAUCAUGUUGAUCUAUACAACAUGGUAGAUCCUCAGGCAGAAGACAGAGAAUUAAAGGGACAGCUUUUGAGAAAGUACAGUGGAUAUUUGGGCAGUCUGAAGCAAGAAUUCAUGAAGAAAAGGAAAAAAGGAAAACUACCAAAAGAAGCAAGGCAACAAUUACUUGAAUGGUGGAGUAGACAUUACAAAUGGCCUUAUCCCUCUGAGUCACAGAAGCUGGCACUAGCAGAGUCAACAGGUCUUGAUCAGAAGCAAAUAAACAACUGGUUUAUUAAUCAAAGGAAAAGGCAUUGGAAACCAUCAGAGGACAUGCAGUUUGUGGUAAUGGAUCCAAGCCAUCCACAUUAUUACAUGGAAAAUAAUGUUCUCACCAAUUCAUAUCCUAUGGAUCUAUCCAACACCAUGCUCUAGUAAUUAAUUACAUUGGUGCUUGCUUGUGGUCUUAAUUUAUGUCUGAGUGUUAAUUAAUUUUAUGUUACGUUGUAAGGGCACUGAUAUGUCACUUCGAAGUUAAAACCUUAUAUUAUAUUAUUAUAUAUAUUAAUGUGUGUAGAAAAAUUAAUUAUGCAUUUUGGAAAAUUAUUAUUAUUAUAAAGGGAUGCACUGCUGGUUUUUUUUGGAUGGUUCUUAAUGAAAUUACUACUUGAGUAAAAAAAA